AGAAUCCCAAAACAUUAAAAAUGGUGCACGUGGGUGAAGAUGAAAAGAUUUAAAGCUCGUUAAACGAGGCAAUCAAACUAGUCAAAAUGAGGGUUGUUGCAUUAAUAAGUGGAGGGAAGGACAGCUGCUAUAACAUGAUGCAAUGUGUCCAACUUGGACACAAGAUUGUAGCCUUGGCAAACCUCAAGCCUUCUGAAAAAGUUAUUCAGUCAGAAAUUGAGUUUGAUGCAGUUUCUACAGGGGCCAUCUUAUCAGACUAUCAAAGAGUAAGAGUAGAACAUGUAUGUUCUCGUCUUAACGUAACAUCCUUGGCAUAUUUAUGGCGAAGAGAACAAAAGGAAUUGUAUGAAGAAAUGAUUGCUAAUGGGUUGGUUGCUAUUAUUGUUAAGGUUGCAGUUAUGGGUCUCAUACCAAGAAAGCAUCUUGGAUUGAAGAUGGCUGCACUUCAUCCUCUUCUUUUGAAGCUGAAUUCACAAUUUGGGAUAAAUGUAUGUGGAGAAGGAGGAGAAUUUGAAACAUUUACCCUUGACUGUCCUUUGUUUAAAAAACGAAUUGUCAUUGAUGAUUCUGAAGUCAUCAUUCACUCAGAUGAUGCAUUUGCUGAAGUUGGAUAUCUACGUUUUAAAGCAAUGCACGUUGAAGAUAAGUCAAAUGAUGUAGGUUUUGUAAGCAUGUUUGUCUUGGUUUACUUACAGGAACCUCAAAGAAGCUUGAGCACUGUAAUAAAAGAGCUUCCAGCACCAUAUUCUGGUGACUGUAUUGAAAAUAUUCCUAAUGAUACAUUAUAUGAUAGUGAAGUAUUGUCCAUAAAUGAUGGCAUAUCAAUUGUUGUGACAGAAGAGGGGGAAAGAAUAAAUAAUUUAGAAAAUAUCCUCAUUAAUGACACCAGCAGUUAUUUGUGGAUAACUGGACUAAAAGGUAACAAAGAGGAUGGCCCAUCUGUUGAAGACGCUACAAAGAAAAUCAUGGAUCAACUGAAAGACAAAGUGUUAAGUCGUGAUGCCUCCAUGGAUGAUAUCAUUCUUAUGCAACUCUUCAUUAAGAACAUGAGCGACUUUUCAAGAAUCAAUUCCAUAUACCAAAAGUAUUUUCAUAUUAAUCCGCCGACAAGAGCCUGCUUAGAGGCAAACCUUGAUGAUGAUACCUUACUUCAGAUGGACUGUUUAUUAUAUCGACCAAUAAAUAUACCAGACAAACAACGACAAACAAGUAAUGAACAAGUUGCUAUACCACAUACGUUAAGACAUUCCAAGGAAACGAUGCAUGUUCAAAGUGUAUCACACUGGGCCUCGGCUAAUAUUGGUCCCUACAGUCAAGCAGUAAAGGUUGGUCCUCUUAUGCUGGUAUCAGGCUGUAUUGGUUUAUGGCCAUCCACCAUGUCUAUCGUAGAGGGAGGUAUAGCAGUCCAAGCAGCCUUGUCUUUAAGGCAUGUAGAUAGAAUCAUCACCGCUUUCAAACCAAUGGAAUCACUAUUGAACGUAUUCUAUGGAUUUUGUUACCUUACACGUUAUCAAGAUAUAGCCAUUGCUGAAGAAGCGUUCGAAAAAGCUGUUCAAUCCAAGAGAAAUCUUUCUAGUACUAACAAUGCCCUAAUCGGUUAUGUCGUGGUGCCUAAUCUGCCUUCAGGAGCUUUAGUAGAAUAUCAGGUGAUGACCCAUAGUGAGCCUGACAUAUGGCACGAUUUUUCCAGCUUUAUGGAUUGUGAGAAAGCUUCAUUAAUAUUUCAAGGUGUUCUCUGCCAGGAGUCAGGAACGUGUGGUGUCGUUAACUGUCAUAUCAAAGCAAUCGCUACUGCUACUCUUCAAGAUGUACUGACAUUCUACUGCCAGGAGCUGUUAAAAAUCUGUUCCAAAUAUAAACUGUCAAUGAAAGAUCUCUUAACAAUGAGAAUAUCCUAUGUGAAGUCAGCCUUCACAAGUGUUACUACCACUGAUAUAUUUGCUUAUGUGAGCAGUACAUUACUAUUCAACAUGGAUGUGGUGCUGGCAUUUACGCUUCUACCAGUCGAAGGUUUGAAGGGAGGUGCUGUUUUGAUGAUCAGCUGCUGGUUUCAAUCUGCAUGACAUUUUGAGUCACGCAUUUCUUGAGGUAUUGGACAACCCUCAGAAAAUACAUAUACUACUCUUGGAAAAUUAACUCUGCCAUACAUAUUCUCUCUUUUCCAACAAAAAGUAUUCUUAUUCCAUGUAUGUCCACCUCACCUUAUUUUCUAUUUAAAAAAAAGUUCAUUUGUA